UUAUUUUAUGUGACAACAUUAUGCACAAUGAAUGCAAAUUGUAACAAACAUUUUGUGUUUUCCCCCACCCCCAUUAGGACACUGGUCCACAGCUUCCAACUGUCGUGAUGCAUAUGCUUAAAUAUGGAACAAAUCUUCUUCAAGUUGUGGGUCAGUUUAGUGGAAACUAUAUCAUAGUGGUUGCCUAUAUGGGCGUGAUUUCAAACCUUGAUCGUCCUGUCCUACAAGAUUGUGUUCAGCCUGCUGUUGCUGCACUGGAUUCAGAUUCUGAGAUUAUUGAAGGGCCAUCACGAAUUUCACUAAAUUGUCCAAUAAGGUAUGCCAUUAUAUGUGUUGCCGACAAACUUUGCUGUUCAUUUAUCUUCCGAGUUCAAGUACAAAGAGAGGAAAUUCAAGCACAAAAUAAAGAGAUAGGGAAGAUGAAUGGGUCGAUUGACGAGCAUUUUGAGAUCACAUCAAGCAUCAUGGAGUUUCUUAAGAAGCAAGGUUUCAAAGGACAAUUUAGGGGAUGAGGUAUCCCAUGAACUCGUACAUCGCCUUUUUGAUUGGUUUUGAUGACGUUCGGAAGCAUAC